GGUUCAAGUGUAUUUUGGUGUCGACCAAAUAUUAUUGCAUUCUAAAUUCGGUCGUUAUAUUUAUUGAGCUCAUUUCGCGUUACAGUGAAGUGCUUCGAGUGGAAGCUUCGAGGACCAAUUGCUAAUAUUGCGUUAUCUAAUGAUGAUUGAAGUAUAACAUCUAGUCGGAUCGAGUUAUGUAGGCGGCGAACGUAUUGUGUGAAUGGAUGGGCGCAAGAUCGAUAUAGCGGAGUGCGCAGGCUCGCUGGGCGAUACAGCUGGCCGCUUUGCAUCUCGCCGCGGACGACCCGCCUGAAGCCGUGUCUCAGUGUCCGCUGUGAAAGAUUUCAGUGUUUCCUGCAUAGCUAAUGCUACAGUAAUCAUUGCUGAUCUUGAACGAUGUAAUGUGCCGUAUGUAUCUUCGGCCAACACUAUGGGCGCUGGCGCUUCUGAGCACGCUGGCGCCCUCGAACGCUGAUGGGAACAUAGGGUGUUUGUUUAGUUCGACUUUGUGCGUAGAGGGCGCGGAAUGGUGCUACGAUGAUUUCGCCUUCGGGAAGUGCAUCCCUAUUUACGAAAGCGAUGUGGAGGAGGGGGCGCUCUACCAAUAUGACAUGAGCUCCACUCAGCUGCAAUGGUUCGAGGGGGAGCUGCAGCGUCUAGCCACCCAAGGGUACCGCUGGGAGCAUGCUUACACCCAGUGCGUAUUGCAGAGCAUGCUCUAUGCUUUGCGGCAACAACUUGACCCGACAAAUGUGAACUCAAAGUUAUGCGAUCAGUUCGCUGAUCCUAAACUAAGUUCUGCGCCAAUUAUGGAAGGUGACGAAAAUGUAGAAGUCGAACCGGACGAGACAGCUUACAUACGAUUUAUGCCAAAUUCGCAAUUAGUUGAUUCCGAUUAUGCAAAUGAAAUUUAUAAUCCUCCUUUGACGCCGGAUGAUGAGCCGGUCCCGUAUUUAAUAUCAGAAGCUUCUGACAAUGAUCCCUCUGAAAAUGACAUCCCGGGUGAUAAAGUAGGUAACAUUAUGAUGAUGAAUGAAGGUGAAGAAACUCCUGUUAUUCCUUUUGGAGGCUUUCGCGAGAGACUACGAGCUCAGAUGACACAAGGAAAUAGACCGGAUUCAGAACUUGAACAAUUUAUUGACAAAGAGAAAAAAUCUCUACAACAAAACAAACUUGAGCCGAAUCCAGAAACCAAUGAUUUUACUGAUGAACAACGACUGGGCGCCCAUUUUAGAAAAUAUAAAACAAAACCUCCGCCAUAUACAGCAGAGUAUUUGACGGGUAAUCGAUUUUCUCCUUUAGAUGCAGAAGUGAAAUCUAACGCUUUAGAAAAAUAUAGACAGAGUUUUGCAGCGAAAAACUUUCCCUUUGAAUAUGAGAAUCCCGGUGAUAUACCAGAAUCACGUAUUUACUUUGAUGAAGAUGGCAUGGAAGAUGAAUUAGUUGAACCUGGGAGUGGAGAAUUAGGCCCUUAUAAAUCUAAAGGAGGUAAAGCGAAAUAUGACAAAAACAUGGAAUACUUAAUGAAUUAUUGGAGCAAAAUGAUUGGAUCAAAACUUAGGCCUCAGGGUGCAGUUGUAGCUGAAGGUGGACCCUUAGGUCCAAAUGAGUUGCAAGGUGAAAAUUCAAAAUUUUACUUAUCCGAAGAUUUUCAAGACUUACUUGAUAGAGAAUUGGGCUUUAAACGUAGGGAAAGAGAUGAUGUUAAAAAGCCUGGGCCACGGCUGGACGCGCAAGCUUUAAAGAUUUUAUACCACAAUAAGAGUAUGUCUGUGACAGACCACGAAGCGUCAGUGGGAAAGCCGAGUGACAUCAAUAAUAAUGAAUAUCAAUAUGACCCGUCUUAUGCCUUUGUUAAAUUUCAAAAUAGAUUCCUUACAAACUGGGAAAAAGGCAUCUCUUUUAUUGCAAGACUAGAAGAAAUGCUCGGUUUAGAGAAAGAUACUUUUACGAAUCCACGAGUUGACCCUACAGAGGUCACUUUUAAAGUUGAAAAUAAUAACCGAGGAUGGAAUGCGGAGGAAGUAGCCAGGCAGAUUGGUAACAUGAAAGAUAAAGUUGCCAAAGAAACAGGAGCACAAAUUAUUGCCAGUGGUAUUGGUGAUAGGACUCAAUACCAUGUAAUGCGUCAAGACGCAGUGCGAGAACCUCAAUAUUUCGGCCUAGAAUUGCCAGUUCUUCUUGCUCUGGUUGGAAGUUUGGCUGUUCUUAUUGUUGGAGUGGUUAUUUUCGCGAUUCUGCUAAAACGGGACAUGAGCUCAAAGAGGAAGAUGCAAGGACUGUCUUCGGCUGCCGAGAUCGACGCUGAAGCUACGAGAGACUAUCAGGUAGAAUUAUGUCGUGCCCGUAUGUCUGGCAAGAUGACUGGCAAGCAGGCUCCCGCUCCGCACCCCGCGGAGGCUCCGCAGCGCAUCACGUCGCUGUCCCGGGAACCUGAGGGCAACUCGCCUUCCACACGCUCUAGCACUUCAUCUUGGAGCGAGGAACCAGCACUUACCAACAUGGACAUAUCUACUGGCCACAUGGUUUUGGCUUAUAUGGAAGAUCACUUGCGAAACAAGGACCGUUUGGAACAAGAGUGGAAAGCUCUUUGCGCUUACGAGGCUGAACCGAAUACGACCACUGCGGCUUAUAAGGCAGAUAAUACUGGCAAGAAUAGAUACUCCCAUUGCCUUCCGUACGAUCAUGCUAGAGUGACUUUGAACCCUCUGUCGAACCACCUUGGAUCUGACUACAUCAAUGCUUCUACUAUCACUGAUCACGACCCUCGCAACCCAGCCUACAUCGCCGCGUCUGGCCCAAUGCCGCACACUUCAUCUGACUUCUGGCAAAUGGUCUGGGAACAGGGGAGCGUUGUCAUGGUGAUGCUGACCCGGCUUACGGAGAACGGACAACAGCUGUGCCACCGUUACUGGCCUGAGGAAGGAUCUGAACUUUACCAUAUUUAUGAGGUGCAUCUCGUGAGUGAACACAUCUGGUGCGACGACUACCUGGUCCGCAGCUUCUACCUGAAGAACCAACGCACAAGCGAAACUCGUACGGUCACCCAGUUCCACUUCCUGUCUUGGCCUGAGAACGGAGUGCCUUCAUCCACAAAGGCUUUGCUAGAAUUCAGGAGGAAGGUGAACAAGUCAUACAGAGGACGAUCUUGCCCCAUCGUGGUACACUGCAGUGACGGAGCUGGCCGCACCGGAACAUACUGUCUCAUCGACAUGGUCCUGAAUAGAAUGGCGAAAGGCGCUAAGGAGAUCGAUAUAGCGGCAACCCUGGAACAUAUUCGCGACCAACGACCUCGUAUGGUCGCUACUAAGCAGCAGUUCGAGUUCGUGCUCAUGGCAGUUGCUGAAGAGGUACACGCAAUUCUCAAGGCUCUACCGGCGCACUUGCAACAACUUCAAGAGAAAAAAGAAAAGGAAAAGGAGAAAGACAAAGAUGGCUCUGAAAAGGAAAAACACAAUUAAAAAUAACGCACCGAUUUCUUUAUAUUUGCAUUUAAUAUAGUAUUUACGUUAAAUGUUGUUAAAGGUUGGGAAUUUCGCCGAAUGAACAUUUUCGACUAUUAUACCUACUUAUUAAGGCACUAAUAACUUUAUUAUUAUUUUUAUUAAAGGCAUGGCAAGACUGAGGAUAGUUAUAGCGCAAGUGUUGCCGAUACCCAAAAUGAAACCAAAACAUUGUCUAUGGAAUUUUAUUUUUAAUUUUGCGAGAUUCUCAACUCUUUUCUAAUAUGUUUAAAUGUUUUCGGAAAUACGUAAAUUAAGUAAUAUUUUAUUAAAAGCUACGUUAUUAGCUUUUAUCCAUUUGUAAUAUUUAUGUGCUUAUUUCUCGAAGUUGACACUGUUAUCUAUGUAAGCCUUUAAAUCGAUAGUCUAUUUUACGUGGUCAAUUGUUGGGCUGUCUACAAUUUCAAUCUAUCUUUUUUUUUAUUAUAUGUUCUAUACUGACCAAGCCUUUAUAUGCUACAAAAGUUUAUUUUUAAACCUUCA